AUAAUCAUUUGCCGUGGAGUGAUCUGACGGAGGGAGAGGAAGUGUGUGUGCGCGCGUGUGUGUGUGAGUGAGUGAGUGAGUGUGUGUUUGCUGUAGCUGGACUGUCGCCGCACUAAACAGCACGCUUGCGAAUUUUUGCAUGUCAGGAGCGGAUGAGGAUCCUGUCGCCGGUCAUCGGCCGCUGCCCAUCUUUCGUCUCUCUCCGCUUGUUCCUAAUUAAUCAGCGGCAUGUGGAAUUGCGCGAGGAUAACCAAGUGGCUUUGCGUAGCGUGCCUGCUGUUAACGACGUGGACCAAGGUGUCCUGGGCUUCGGGCUAUUUCGAGCUGCAGCUGAUGAGCGUGGAGAAUGUAAACGGGGAGCUGUGGGACGGAGAAUGCUGCGACGGCGCGCGCAACUCGCGGGACCAGCGGUGCACGCGCGACGAGUGCGACACGUACUUUAAAGUGUGCUUAAAGGAGUAUCAGAGCGAGGUGACCACCACUGGCCAAUGCAACUUCGGCAGCGGAUCUACUGGCGUGCUGGGUGGAAAUAUAUUCUCUUUUAAAAACACUAAGAGCAACAGCAACAAGAUCAGCGACGCCGGGAAGAUCGUCAUCCCUUUCCAGUUUGCAUGGCCGCGAUCCUACACACUCAUCGUGGAGGCCUGGGACUGGGACAAUAUCACUCAAAACAGUGAGGAGCUGCUGAUUGAGCGACAUGCUCACACAGGCAUGGCAAACCCUGGGGACCCAUGGCAGGUCAUUGUCCAUCUUGGCGCCACAGCCCGUCUGGAGUACCGCGUCCGCAUCAAGUGCGACGAGAACUACUACGGCACCAAGUGUAACAAGCAGUGCCGACCACGUGACGACUACUUUGGGCAUUACCGCUGCGAUCCUUCUGGAAACAUUGUCUGUCUGGAAGGGUGGAUGGGACAUGACUGUCGAACAGCAAUCUGUAAACAGGGCUGUAAUCUGAUUCACGGAGGCUGCACAGUGCCCGGGGAAUGCACGUGUAACUAUGGCUGGCAGGGUCCGUUCUGCGACGAGUGUCUGCCCUACCCUGGCUGCGUGCAUGGGACUUGUGAUAUCCCGUGGCACUGUAACUGCGAAAAGAACUGGGGGGGACUUCUGUGUGAUAAAGAUCUGAACUACUGUGGGACACACCAUCCCUGCGUGAACGGGGGCACUUGCAUAAACUCAGAGCCAAAUGAGUACAAUUGCGCUUGUCCUGAGGGAUACUCAGGCAAGAACUGUGAGAUAGCUGAACAUGCCUGUGUGUCAAACCCAUGUGCCAACGGAGGCACCUGCCAUGAGGUUUCUUCUGGCUUUGAAUGUCAGUGUCCUCCAGGCUGGGAGGGUCCCACCUGUGCUAAAGACAUGGACGAGUGUGCCUCCAGUCCCUGUGCCCAGGGAGGAACGUGUAUCGACCUGGAUAACGGCUUUGAGUGUCUUUGUCCUCCUCAGUGGGCUGGGAAGACCUGCAGAAUUGACGAGAAUGAAUGUAUGGGGAAGCCUUGCAAAAAUGCUUACUCUUGCAAAAAUUUGAUUGGUGGAUAUCACUGUGACUGCUUUCAAGGAUGGGCUGGACAGAACUGUGACAUCAAUGUAAAUGGCUGCCAUGGACAAUGCCAGAACGGCGCAACCUGCAAGGAAGGAGCACUGGGAGGAUAUCACUGCCAGUGUCCACCAGGUUUUGUAGGCACCCACUGUGAGAUCCAAAGGAACAAAUGUGCCAGCAACCCCUGUCAGAAUGGAGGUCGCUGUCACGUGGUGCUGGAUAGCUUCGUGUGCGAAUGCAUGCCUGACUAUGCUGGGAUGCUAUGCGAGGUGCAAAGCCGGUACCCAAACCUUUGUGAGCCCAACCCAUGCAAAAAUGAUGCAACCUGCCACAGUAUGCUGGGAGAUUUUUACUGUGCAUGCACUGAGGACUAUGAGGGAAAGACCUGUGCUGAUCUCAAGGACCACUGCAGGACUGCCCCCUGCCAGGUGAUUGACAGCUGCACAAUCACUGUAGCGAGCAACACCUCAGUCGGAGGCGUGAGACGCAUCUCGUCCAACGUAUGUGGGUCUCAUGGCCAGUGCGUCAGUCAGCCCAGCGGCAACUUCACCUGCACCUGCGACCCUGGCUUUACUGGCACGUAUUGCCAUGAAAAUGUGAAUGACUGUGUGAGUAGCCCAUGUCGCAAUGGUGGGACCUGCAUCGAUGGUGUCAACUCUUUUCAGUGCUUCUGUCCCGAUGGCUGGGAGGGCAAACUGUGUGACCUCAACGUAAACGAAUGCAGCAGGAACCCAUGUAAGAACGGUGGCCGCUGUCAAGACCUGGUCAACGAUUUCUAUUGCGAGUGUGCUGAUGGCUGGAAGGGUAAGACAUGCCACUCACGUGAGAGCCAGUGUGACUCCAGUACUUGUGCCAACGGAGGCACCUGCUAUGACCAUGGAGACACCUUCCGCUGCGCUUGUCUGCCUGGCUGGGGUGGACGCACGUGCAACACGGCAAAGAACAGCACAUGUGCUUCCAGUCCUUGUGUUAAUGGUGGAACGUGUGUUGGAGGUGGAGACACGUUUACCUGCAUUUGUAAGGACGGCUGGGAGGGACCUACCUGCUCACAGAACACCAAUGAUUGCAACCCUCACCCUUGCUAUAAUGGAGGAAUCUGCGUGGAUGGCAUAAACUGGUUCCGCUGUGAGUGCGCCCCAGGCUUUGCCGGGCCUGACUGCCGCAUCAACAUUGACGAAUGCCAGUCAUCGCCUUGUGCCUACGGAGCUACAUGUGUGGAUGAGAUCAAUGGCUUCCGCUGCAUAUGUCCUCUCGGGCGCUCUGGAUCACGAUGCCAAGAGUUCAUAGGCAUUGGGAAGACGUGUCAUUAUACUGGACUGCAGUUCCCUCAUGGCAGCCGCUGGGAGGAAGACUGCAACACCUGCCAGUGUAUUAAUGGCAAAGUAGAUUGUACAAAGGUGGUGUGUGGCAGACGGCCGUGCCUAUUGCCAGGAGCCCCUGGGAGAGAGCAUCACGCCUGUCCAGCGGGUCGCGAGUGCCUAGAGCAUGGCUUUCUCACCUGCCUCUCUCCCCCAUGUCACCACUGGGGCUUCUGCUCAAGUCCUGACACCCCACCAGCACUUAACACCAAGUGUGAACCGAACACCGGCUACCUGGGCAACAGCUGUGCCCGAAUUACACUCAUCUUCAACCGGGACAAGCUACCCCCAGGUACGACAGUGGAAAAUGUAUGCUCAGAGCUGCGGUACCUGCCUGCUACGCGGAACCUUGCCAAAGACGAUGCCCUAUUGGUUCUUUGUGAACUCUCCUACUCCAACCAGGAUGCAGUAGAGGUGGCCAUGUCCUUCCAGCAGGACGAGCAGCCUGACCACAGUCGGAUCCAGGAGGCGGCCAGCACCAUCGUCAGCACGCUGUCCAAGCGCCACAACAGCACCAUCAUGCUGGCUGUCAUCGAGGUCAAAGUGGAGACGAGGGUCGUGCCUCAGUCUGUGGAUUACCUAGUGCCUGUGCUGUGUGUGAUCUUCUUUGCGCUCUGGGUGUUCUGCGUGAUCGUGUGCGUGUGGUGGACACGCAAGCGACGAAAAGAGCGUGAGAGGAUCGAGCGUGCACCUGUUGAGGAGAGCGUCAACAACCAGUGGGAGCCACUGCGACCAGUGACCCGGCAGCAGCACAAGGACAACCGCGAUGCUGAAUACGAGCGCGCCAAGCUGAUGGGCAACGAGCGGGCGUGCAAAGGCAGUGACGAAGACCAGCCGGAGGAAGAUGAUGUGGAGGAAGAGGAACUAGAGCUGUGCGAGGAGUGGUGUGGGAAAGAGGGCAGCAAGAGGCCCAUCCAAAAAUACACGAAAGCAACGGUGCAAGUGAACAGCGAGCUGAUCUGCACCACACACAGCAGCAAUGCACCCCUCAAAGCGCCUCACCGGACAGCCCACAGCCACAAAGACAACCGCUGGAAAAACACAAACAGCACCACUGGCCAAGACCCCAAAGAGCUGUAUGUAUAGACGCUAUUGCACAGACCCGGGCACAGAGAGAGGCUCUUUUUCUGUCGAAGAAAACAACAGACUGUUGAGUUAGAGAGAGGGAGAGAGAGAGAGAUGGAUGGUUUUUUCCCCUCUUUCAUUUUCACUUUCUUUAUAUUUAUAAGUGCUGAGAUAUUUUGAGUCAGAGAUCCCCCCCCCCGUUGAAAUAUUUUUUAUUUCUAAUGUACAGAUGAAGUGAAUUUGUUUUACUUUAUAAGAAAAGCGCAGAAAUGGCCACUUUUUGUUUUCAAAAUGUACUGCUGAAAGAAAUUGAGCAGGAAAUCGAGGAAAAAUAUAUAAACUGUGUAAAGACUUUUUCGUUGCUGUUUACAGAUGAUUCUGCUUUUGUUCUAUUGUGAGUGGCCUGUAUUUUGGAUGGGACUGCCAGUGAAGUGCACUGGCGCUAUGGACAGAAGUAAGAACUUCUCGUGAUAUAUUUUUUUUCCCCACCUUCAUUCAUCUCGUCACCUCUCCUCACUCCAUGCUUGCCUUACUCAGCUCGCAGGUCAGUGCCUGUGAAGUGGCCUUGUUUUUUCUCUUGUGUCUGUUGUCUUGGCUGAACACUCCUUAAACGAUAAAGGAUUGCAGUAUUUUGAGUUGGUAGCAAGUGCCUUCUGACAAGCCCGUUGCGUCUCUCGCUGCCGAGGUCAACCCCAAUAGAUCACAAGGGGAGCUCGUCUCCCAUUUUGUACCACCGAGGUAUUUGAUCAAAGAAAGAAAGAAAAACGUGUAAAUAUUUGUACAUAGUAAAGGAGUCGCUGUGUAUAUUUGAAUUUAGUAAAUUAAGACAAGUCACACUUUUUUUAUUACUAUUAUAAUUAUGAUUGAAAUUAUUAUUAUUAUUAAUAUUAUUGUUGUUAUUAUUAUGAUUAUUUGGGUUUGUUUGUUGUUUUUUUUUGUUUUGUUUUUUUUACAACGCCAUUCCUUUUAUUUAUGCCAGUUGACAUAGGCAGGUUUUAUACAAGUAUACAGCAUCCCACAGUCAGAGCAGUAAUGUAAUCAAAGUUCACUUUUUUUUUUCUUCUUUUUAUGUUGUUGAUUUUGUUUUCACAUUGACGAAAGUAAUUCUUUAAAUUUAGAUGGUAUAUUGUGGUGUGUGUUUUUUUUUUGUUUUGUUUUUGUUUUUUUUUUGCUUCCGACAAAAAAAAAAAAAUCCUCUGUGCCCCUUUCAGCAUCUGUCCUUCCUUGCUGUAAUAGAAUUCUGGAAACCUGCAGAAAUUCCUGAUACGUGUCGAGGCCUACGGGGCCAAACGUGCCUCGGUUACGGCGCUGGUCUCUCCUACGAUGUGAAACUCUGUGCUUGCUCCUGCUUGUUUUGUUUGUUUUUUUUCUCCAUGAAGGGAACAAAUUUUGUUGUAAAGCAAUUUGUGUUUGAGGUACCAACUCCAAACAAAAAAUAUGGAUUACCUCAGAAGUGGCUGAUUUAUUAUAUAUUUUUUUUUCUUCUCCCCUUUCAUUUUCAUGUUGAAUAUAUUACUCUUGUGGGUGGCUUCUUGCUGCCACAUAUGAGAGGAUUCAAAAUAAAAGAAUUCAAAUAUUAUGCUGAAUUAAUCUGAACAGCUGGUAAAAUAAGCUCACAGAAAAUCUAGAUGUGCAUUAUGGGAAGGAAUGGGUUCGGGGUCUGACGAAGAUUGGAAAACAAAAAUGUCGUCUUUCAUUUUUUUUUUUUUUUUUUUGUACAGAAGAAUUGCUCUGCAAAUGUUUUGGUUGAUUUAGUCAAAUUUAUGUUUGUUCUUAGAAAUAAAUCAAACUAUUUAUUAAAGCAUUUUAUAACAAUAUGCUCAAGAAAACCACAGUGUUCUGGUAUUUAGUGUGAAAUUAGCAUUUUUUUUUUUUACUCAACAUCUUUUAACUCACCUGUGAGGAGAAGUAGGAAUCAUUUUUCUCUUCCAUAGCUCUUCUCUGCUCAUUUCUGAUUUGCUAAGGUUAUGGUGUUGGAACAAAAAUGAUGAAACUCUGGGCAGAGUUUCAUAAUAAAUCAACCGUAUAAAUAACCCUACUUGCCCUUGCUGUAGCCAGAGGUGAGCAGCAAGACGAUCAAUACAGGAACUGUCUUUCUUCUUCCAGUCAGGACGGCCCUGAGAGGAAACGACCAAUAGCAACGGCUCUCCAGUUCUCGGCUGACUACACGCAGACCAAUGAGCUCUUCGGCUUUCUUGUGGCUUCAUCCAUUCUGAAUGUUUCAUGAGGAUGCGUAUGAUGAUGCUGAGAGUUUGUUAUGGUUUUGUCUCAUGAGCUGCCACUAAUGGGAUGCUUCUGGUGGAAUAAUGGCGUCGGGUUUCACAUCUCAGAGGGGAGGGCUGAGACUGCGUAGGUGUUUCUAAUACUGUAAUUUGCUUCACUUACGGUAGUACAUCUAAACGAAGAGCUGGGGGAGUUAAUAUAGAAUACAGCAGGGUAAUAACACCAGUGAACAGACGGCUGAUAAAUUGGUGUACUACUGCGCUUUUCCGGCACAAUUAUGAGCAUCGUGGGCUUGUGUGUAGCAUAUAAUAAGCAGACGGCAGCAUUUUCAAUGCCCUGCAGAAUGAUUUGCACCUUUCAUAAAUAUUUGUUUUUUCAAAAAAAAAAUGUGUAAAGUUUAGAGAAAGAAUAAAGUAUUACAAAAAAAAUCAUCUUAGAACUAAUUGAAAGAAUUAGAAUUUCUCACAAACCUGUAUAUGACACCCCUGAGGAUUAUAUUUAAAAUACAUGCAAACAAAUAGAUUAUUUUUGAAAACUUUUUAUUUAUUAGCUCAGUCGUCAGGAACUCCUUUAACCAUGUCUUGUUUCCUGGGGUUUAAAAUCCAAACCAAACCAAAGAAUUUUCAACUCAAAAGGUAUUGAUGCUUGUUGACCUUCACAAACCACGUAAAGAAGAAAAACGUCUAAAAGGGUGGAAAAUUUGUCACUUAACCUCUGGAGCACAAUUAAUUAAAAAAUUAAAAUGAUUCUUGAUUCUUGUGGUUGUUUCAAAAGUUUCAAAAUGAACUGCUACUACAUUUAUAACAGUGAGAAAGUAGCCAUUCCUGUUAGUUACAUAAUGCUGAGAUAUCUGAAAUAUCUGAAAUUCACCAAGCAUCAUUAGCACUAGAAUUUGCCUCGUGUCUUGUGGUCAGAGAAGACCAAAAUUAAUCUUUUUGCUAAUUCGCGGCAUGUUCAGAUGACAGACGAGGGCAGUAUUAUUUGGUGAUGGUUUAUCUAUACGUUUUGGACAAUUUUGUGACUGGUAAUUUAGGGGCUAAGUACUAGGAUAUUUAAGUCUAAAACCUCUAAUUCCGUCUUCCAGACCUGGCCUUAGAUUACACUGUCAUGUGAUGAGAAGUCCAAACAUAUAUUUGAUAUGAGUUAAAACUAACAUUUAAAUACACUGAAAUAAUUGUUAAUAACAAACAAAAUCAUUCAUUUUGAAAUCCUACUGAAAACCUGAAGGAGCAUAAAAAGCUCUGCAUGAGGAGUGCCCCAAGUUCCCUUUAGAAGUGUUUUCAGUCUUGUUUAGACAUUACAGGAAGGGUUGUACUCAGUGCAGUCAUUUUCUCCAGAGCAAAUUUGGACCACUUAAACAAAUCUUUGUGUAUGUGUGUGUGUGAGUGUUUGGAAAAAGGAAGACAUGUUUAAAUAAAGCUAUACAAUGCCCUUGUAUGUUUGAGCUCAAAAUAUCACUCAUUGUAUGUGAUUCUUUUAAUAAAAUCAUUACUGCCGUGAA